CCCUCUUCUUCUCUCUUUCUCUCUCUAUUACAUCCAUUCGCCGGCCCACUCUCCGGCGAGACCUCCGGCUGCUUUUCUCGCUCGCACAGACACCCUCUCUCCUUUGCAAAGAUUUGCGUCUGCAUUGAAAACAAAACUGGGUCUGUUUGAUUCUGAUCGAAGGGCGAAGUUGGCGAUCCAUGGACGGACCGAACGAUCCGAACGCACUCCAAGCGGUGAACUCGCAGAGUUCGCUGUCGGAGCUUGACGACAGCGAUUUGGCUCGGCUGUUGGACCGACCGAGGCUCAACAUCGAGCGGAAGAGGUCGUUCGACGAGAGAUCGUUCAGCGAACUCGGUCUAUACGACAACGUGUACUCUCCCGGAGGCCGGUCGGGAUGGGACACUCCGGCAUCGUCGGCGAGAAACUCGUUCGAGCCUCACCCAAUGGUGGCGGACGCGUGGGAGGCUCUGCGACGAUCCUUGGUUUACUUCCGGGGGCAACCGGUGGGGACAAUCGCCGCCUAUGACCAUGCUUCCGAAGAGGUCUUGAACUACGAUCAGGUUUUCGUGCGUGACUUUGUUCCAAGCGCUCUGGCUUUCCUGAUGAAUGGAGAGCCUGACAUCGUCAAGAACUUUCUUAUAAAGACACUCCACAUCCAGGGCUGGGAGAAGAGGAUAGACCGGUUCAAGCUCGGGGAAGGCGCAAUGCCGGCUAGUUUCAAGGUCCUCCAUGACCCGAAUCGGAAAACAGACACCGUCAUUGCUGAUUUUGGCGAGAGCGCCAUCGGAAGGGUGGCUCCUGUUGACUCCGGGUUCUGGUGGAUCAUUCUUCUCCGUGCCUACACGAAAUCCACCGGGGAUUUGUCCCUGGCCGAGACACCAGAAUGUCAAAAGGGAAUGAGACUCAUACUAUCUCUGUGUCUGUCAGAAGGGUUUGAUACCUUCCCGACAUUGCUCUGCGCCGAUGGAUGCUGCAUGAUCGAUCGAAGAAUGGGUGUGUACGGAUACCCGAUCGAGAUCCAAGCCCUCUUCUUCAUGGCCCUACGUGCAGCACUGUCCAUGCUCAAACACGAUACCGAGGGCAACGAAUUCAUGGAGCGAAUCGUGAAAAGACUCCACGCGCUCAGCUUCCACAUGCGAAGCUACUUCUGGCUGGAUUUCCAGCAGUUGAACGACAUAUACCGGUACAAGACAGAGGAAUACUCACACACGGCCGUGAACAAGUUCAACGUGAUUCCUGAUUCGAUCCCGGAUUGGUUGUUCGACUUCAUGCCACUCCGAGGCGGAUACUUCAUCGGGAACGUCAGCCCAGCUCGGAUGGACUUCAGGUGGUUCGCGUUGGGUAACUGCGUGGCGAUACUGUCGUCCCUGGCCACGCCUGAGCAAUCGGCGGCGAUAAUGGACCUGAUAGAGGCGAGGUGGGAGGAGCUUGUAGGGGAGAUGCCAUUGAAGAUAUGUUAUCCGGCGAUAGAGAGCCACGCAUGGCGCAUCGUCACUGGCUGUGACCCUAAGAACACUCGCUGGAGCUACCACAAUGGCGGCUCUUGGCCAGUGUUGCUGUGGUUGUUGACGGCGGCGUGCAUAAAGACGGGAAGGCCGCAGAUAGCGAGGAAGGCGAUAGAGCUGGCGGAGACGAGGCUGCUGAAGGACGGAUGGCCGGAAUAUUACGACGGGAAGGUGGGAAGGUUCAUCGGAAAACAGGCGAGGAAGUUUCAGACAUGGUCCAUUGCCGGUUACUUGGUCGCCAAGAUGAUGUUGGAGGACCCUUCUCACUUGGGCAUGAUCUCCUUGGAAGAGGACAAACAGAUGAAGCCUGUCAUCAAGCGUUCUUCUUCUUGGACUUGCUGAAGGAAAAUAGGAAUUGGGUUGAUUGAUGGGGCUUUGGGGGUUUAGAUUUUAGAUUUUUGUUCUUGUUUUUUUUUUUAAAAUGUAAAAUUACAUGUUUUAUCCUCUUUUUUUUUAUUACAUAUUUUUCGUACCAUCAAAAUGUUAUUAUAUUUCAGCAAUCAAAUAUAUAUAU